AUGGCGGUUGCGAAUCGUGUUAAUGGAUAUUGUCCGUUCAGUGGAAGUAUUGUGGAUGGACAGAAGAACGGAAAACCUAAUCUGAAGCUGAAGGUUCCUCAACCCAUACGGCUGAAAAAUCACCUGGUUGGUGAGGAGAACUUCGACAACCUCCACUCACAGAUCGAUGAAAUGUGCAGUUUCAACACUAAAUGUUCCGAAAAAGUGUGUCAAAAUAGCGUAAUGGAUAUUCCAAACAGAGGGGACACUCCACGGACCACAGAAGAGGUGUUUAAAGAAGCCCAAGCAUUUCUCAGACAAUAUUUCUCCUCGAUACGAAGAGAAAAUUCAGAUGCACAUCUUAAAAGAAUACAAGAGGUUGAAAGGGAGUUAAAUGAAACUGGCACAUAUCAAUUGAAAACACCUGAAUUAGUGUUCGGAGCGAAACUAGCGUGGAGGAACGCCUCUCGAUGUAUUGGACGUAUACAGUGGAAAAAGCUACAGAUAUUCGACUGCAGAGCUGUUACAACGGCGAGUGGCAUGUUUGAAUCGCUUUGCAAUCACAUUAAAUAUGCCACGAAUAAAGGAAACAUAAGAUCAGCAAUAACAAUAUUCCCUCAACGGACGGACGGCAAACAUGACUAUAGAAUUUGGAACCCACAACUAAUCUGCUACGCUGGUUACAUGGAACCAGAUGGCACUAUUCUAGGUGAUCCAGCGCGGGUAGAAUUCACAGAGAUUUGUGUUAAACUUGGCUGGAAACCACCUCGAACAGCGUGGGACAUACUUCCAUUGGUUCUAUCUGCUGAUGGCAAAGAUCCUGUUUACUUUGAUAUUCCCCGUGACAUUAUUAUGGAAGUUAAAAUGGAGCAUCCUAAAUACGACUGGUUUCAAGAUUUGGGACUUCAGUGGUAUGCAUUGCCAGCAGUAUCUAAUAUGAGAUUGGACUGUGGUGGGCUGGAAUUCACAGGAACGGCUUUCAACGGCUGGUACAUGGGCACAGAAAUAGGAUGUCGUAAUUUCGCCGACUCUAACAGACUUAAUAUUAUAGAGAGCGUGGCAAACAGAAUGGGUUUGGAUACAAAUUCAUACGUCUCUUUAUGGAAAGACAAAGCACUUGUUGAAAUUAAUAUAGCAGUGUUGCAUAGCUUUCACAGAGAUAAUGUAUCGAUAGUGGAUCAUCAUUCAGCUUCCGAACAAUUUAUAAAACAUUUAGAUAAUGAAAAUAAAAGCAGAGGUGGUUGUCCAUCAGAUUGGAUAUGGAUCGUCCCUCCAAUGUCUUCUUCAUUAACAUCAGUAUUUCAUCAAGAAAUGGCUUUAUACUUCUUGAGACCAUCCUACGACUAUCAGGAACCAGCUUGGAAGACUCAUCAAUGGAUCAAGUCUGAAGAUAACAAGCCUCGACAUAGAAAGUUUCACUUUAAGCAAAUCGCUCGAGCCGUCAAGUUUACUUCCAAACUUUUUGGUCAAGCUCUGUCUAAAAGAAUCAAAGCAACUAUCCUCUAUGCUACAGAAACGGGGAAAUCUGAACAGUAUGCCAAAGAGUUAGGAACAAUUUUCGGUUACGCGUUUAAUGCCCAGGUCCACUGUAUGUCUGACUACGAUGUCUUUUCAAUAGAACACGAAACUCUCUUGUUAAUCGUCACAUCAACUUUUGGGAACGGUGAACCUCCCGCGAAUGGCGAGGGCUUUGCCAAACAUUUAUUUCAAAUGUUGUACAACGAAAAACAAUACGGAGAUCUAACAGACAGCGCUAGCGUCACUAAAGUACCAACACCAAAAACUCUAAUGCGGACAAAUAGUGUAAUGGCACCAAAUAUAGAAUACAAAAAACAAAUAUCUCGCAUGGAAUCAUCUAAAACUACAAACGGCAACGAUUUCAAAAGGCAAUUAUCACGAUUGGAGUCUAAUAAAAGCAGUGUAACAGGAACAUCGACCGUGGAGAGCAUCGGGCCAUUAAGCAAUGUUUGUUUCGCUGUCUUUGCUCUGGGUUCGAGUGUGUAUCCAAAAUACUGUAAUUUUGGAAAAAGUAUAGACAGAGUCCUAGAAGACUUAGGCGGAGAGAGGCUUAUGGAACUAACUUGUGGAGAUGAAAUGAGUGGUCAAGAGCAGCAAUUCCGUUCGUGGUCUUCAAGUAUAUUUCAUGUUGCUUGUGAAUCGUUUUGUUUAGAAGAGAACGAUAUGGUAAAGGAUGCAAAAAAAUCCUUCGGUAUGUUGAGAUUAAGCGAAGAAACAGUUAGAUUUGGCAAGGUCGACAAAAAACCGGACAUGGAGACUGCUCUCACUGAUGGUUAUAAAAAAUAUAUUAUUUCCUGUAAAGUAAGAGAAAACAAAAAUUUGGGUGAAUUCACAGAUGACCGUGUUACAGUGUUUGUUGAUAUGGAAUCAGACACUGAGUUAAAAUAUGAGCCCGGAGAUCAUGUUGGUAUUAUGCCUUGCAAUCGGAAAGAGAUUGUAGAUUCAGUUUUAGAAAGAUUAAAAGGAAUUGACAAUUUUGAUAAGACUGUUCAGCUUCAGGUUAUGAAGGAAACAUUAACCCCAACAGGCAGAGUAAGAACUUGGGAGAAACAUGAGCGCAUACCCACAGUAACCAUUCGUGAAUUAUACACGCGUUUUCUGGACAUCACAACUCCUCCGUCAACCAAAGUAUUGAAAUAUUUAGCAUCAGCGUGCAGUGAUCAAAAUGAGGCACAAUAUUUAACAGAACUUAUUGAGGACUCAAAUAAAUACGACGACUGGAGGCAUCACUAUUGUCCACAUUUAGCUGAAGUGUUUGGACAAGUGCCUUCAUGCAAGCCUCAAGCAUCUCUUCUAGCAGCCUUACUCCCACCUCUACAACCUCGAUUUUAUUCUAUUUCUUCUUCACCACUGGUUAACCCAAAGAGAAUUCAAGUCACAGUUGCUGUCGUUAUGUUUAAAACACAGAAUGGACUUGGACCAACACACUACGGCGUCUGUUCGACGUAUUUACAGGGCUUAAAGCCAGACGAUAUUGUCUACGCUUUCAUACGACGAGCACCAAGUUUUCACAUGCCACAAGAUAUAUCCGCGCCUCUCAUAUUAGUUGGACCUGGUUCUGGCAUUGCUCCAUUCAGAGGCUUUUGGCAACAUAGGAGAUGCCAAAUCGAUAAGACUAAUAACAAGAAACAUGGCUCAAUUUGCUUGCUAUUCGGAUGCAGAUAUAGGGGAAUGGAUCUUUAUCGGGAGGAAAAAGAACAAGCGGUAGCUGAUGGAAUCCUAACCAAAUCAUUGCUUGCUCUGUCGAGGGAAGAUAACGUGAGCAAGAAACACGUUCAAGCAUUACUAGAAGAUGAAGGGGCAUAUAUCACACGAAUGCUAGUUGAGGAAGGUGGUCAUUUUUAUGUUUGCGGUGAUUGUAAAAUGGCGGAGGAGGUGCAAUGCAAACUAAAGAAGGUUUUGGAACACCACGCUCAUCUUACUGAAGAAGAGGCUAACGACUUCAUACUCUAUUUAAUGGAUGAGAACAGAUACCAUGAAGACAUCUUCGGUAUAACAUUACGCACUUCCAUUGUACACAAAGCUUCAAGAGAGACAGCCAAACGAUCAAGACUCGCUUCGUCGCAAUCUCUGACUUAA